AUGGCGGCUUUUCUUCGGAUUGCUCCAAUUCCAAACAUACCCACAAAGCCUUCUCCCCCCUAUUCGAUGAAUAUCCGGUGGUCAUCGAAUUUUUCCCCGUAUUCGUUAAUAAUCCGGUCAUCCAAUCGACAGCACAAGACUUGUUCCAUAUCACGACCUUCUCCCCCUUCAUUAUUAAUCCCGUCAUCCAAUUGUCCGUUCUCACUCCUCUCCAUUGAUGGAGGAGGAGUGAGAGGUGCCAUACCGGCUACUAUUCUUUUAACCCUUGAGAAUGAACUACAGAAGCUGGAUGGUCCAGAUGCACGACUUGCAUCUUACUUUGAUUGCAUCGCCGGGACUAACUCCGGUGGUGUCAUCGCAUCAUUAUUGGCAUUACCUAAUUUAAUGGGCAACCCGAUGUUUGAGGCCAAAGAUUUACAAAAUUUCUUCGUGGACUAUUCCGAAUCUAUUUUCAAGCCGAGGAACUUACUGAUUCAGAUAGGAAUGAAAGUCAAGAGUUUAAUUAGUGGUUCUCCAUAUAAUUCAUGGGACCUGGAAAAUGUUUUAAGUAAACAUAUGGGGUCCACCACCCUAGGGGAAGCCUGUACAAAUUUGAUUAUACCAUAUACUGAUAUGAUAACCCGCCAGUUAACAAGUUUUACCACUUAUCAAGAAACUGAUUUGAAUACAAAGUUGAUUGAUGUCUGUCUUUCAACAAUAAGUGGAUAUCCAACCGAAAAAAACCCUUUAGGUGAUGCACUUCAUGAAAUAAACUUUAGUGGUUAUCGAAGAAUUCCUAGUCCGCGGGUUCCCUCCCUGAUACUAUCACUAGGGACUGGAAUUGUCAGCUUGCAUGGGCGGGGGGUAUUUACCCCGGAAACAUUGCGUGAGGAGGAAGGAUUGGCAAAGAUUUUCCGUCACAAAAGGUGGCCAACCGCGGUGUACUCGUCAAUAGCCUCUGAAUACUGUGGAUAUGGAGUUCAACAAUUAUUGGGCCAGAAAGAUUUUUACUUGCGAAUUCAGGACUAUAAGCCGGAUUUGAUUAAUAUGGAUGAUAAUCUCGCAUCAUUGGACAACUCAACAAGGAUGGAAUCGUUAGUUGAAGCCGCGGUCUCUUUGUUACAAGAGCGACACAUAACAUUCAUGCCGUAUGAUAAUACCGUCGACGAAGAGACAAAUGAAACACUAUUGAGGAAUUUUGCAAAUCUUCUGUCCGAGCAGAAGAAGAUCCCCAUCUUACUUUUCCGUGGCUUGGCUUGGCUUGGCUUGGCUUGCAGUGUUUACAAUAAUGUACACCAUCCCAGCAAGCUAGCAGUGGGAGCAGAUUUUCGUUGUUUCAAAAAUAAAAUAGAGCCAAAAUGGGAAGAUCCCGUUUGUGCUAAUGGAGGAAAGUGGACUGUGGGUUUUCCAAUGGGUAAAUCUGACACUGCUUGGCUAUACACGUUGCUGGCAACGAUUGGAGAGCAGUUUGAUUACGGAGAUGAACUUUGUGGAGCAGUUGUCAAUGUCCGAGCAAGGCAGGAGAAAAUUUCUAUAUGGACAAAGAAUGCUGCGAAUCAAGUUGCUCAGGUAAGCAUUGGAAAACAAUGGAAGGAGUUUUUGGAUUACAAUGACUCAAUUGGUUUCAUAUUCCAUGAUGAUGCAAAGAAGCUCGACAGGGGCGCCAAGAAUCGUUACAAUGUGUAUUUUGUUCUGUGGCUGAUUCUCACCCCGACAACCCCUUUCUAUUUUUGUCUUUAGAUAGUCUUUUUUUCUUCUGGAUUCUAGUCUGUAACCCCGGACUUCAGAGUACCAAUUCAAUAUUCCGAUCA